AUGAGUCAAAUUCUCGGUCAUAUCGUCAUUAAGCGGAGUCAGACCGGAAUUGGGCGAGCACGGGCCCGUCAUGCUUCUUCAACUCCACUUCCAGUGCUGCAGCAGCCAUUUCGGUAUAUAACCUCGCUUGCUCUGACUUGUCCUGAUCCAAAACCUUCCUCCAUCCAUAAGCAUUCUCCCACUCCGUCGUCAGCUUUUUGCUCACGACACUCUUGCACGCUUGGCAAGAUUCUGCUUCGUCCUCUGCUUCGAACGGCCGCCACCACCAACCAGGCCCUUGCUCUAUCUCGCUCGUUCGCAUCCCUCUCUGCCCCUCGGCUGCAACCCCGUCCCACCGCAACGACUCGCCUUUCCGUCGCCGCCUUUUCCACAUCUGCUGCGAACAUGUCGUCUCAGGACAACUCCAAGAAGGACGGCUCGGCCGACUGGUCCAAUAAGGACGGUCAUUUCCGACGACAAGAGUCCUCCUUCCGCACCUCGAUCGAGAAGGGCGGCAAGCACGAACCUGAAGUCGGUCGUUACCACCUCGUCGUUGCCCUCGCUUGUCCCUGGGCACACCGAUCGCUCAUCGUUCGUAAGCUCAAGGGCAUCGAUCGCGUCCCCGAUCUGCUGCCCGUUCACGUCGUCGAUUCGCUCCUUGGCAGUGAAGGCUGGAGCUUCGUCCCCUACGAAGAGCCCAAGGGCUACGGUGUUCCCGGAACCGGAAACAAGAUCCCCGGUCACGAGGACAAGAAGCGCAUUCGGGAGCUCUACAAGGCUGCCGAUCCAAACUACGAGCAGCGAUGCACCGUCCCCAUCAUUUGGGAUAACAAGCUGAACACCAUCGUCAACAACGAAUCAAGCGAAGUGAUCCGUAACCUCAACUACGCUUUCGACGACUUCGUCCCCGAAGAGUUCCGUGGCGUCACUUACUACCCCGAGGACCUCGCCAAAGACAUCGACGCGUUCCACGAAUGGGUCUACCCCACCAUCAACAACGGCGUCUACAAGUGCGGCUUCGCCACCCUCCAAGACGCCUACGAAUCCAACGUCAAGCCCCUCUUCGAGAGCCUCGAUCGCGUCGAAAAGAUGUUGGAAGACGGCAGAACCUAUCUGUACGCCGACAAGCUGACCGAAGCCGACAUCAGGCUCUUCACCACCAUCAUCCGAUUCGAUCCCGUCUACUUUACCCACUUCAAGUGCAACUACAGGACCAUCCGAGAUGGCUACCCCAAGAUCAACAAGUGGAUGCAGAAUCUUUACUGGAACAAUCCCGCCUUCAAGGACACCACUGAUUUCGACAGCAUCAAGGCUCACUACUUCCAGAGUCACACCAACAUCAACCCGCACAGAAUCGUUCCGGAAGGUCCAGUACCGCACAUCUUGCCUCUGGAAAAGUGA